GUAAUCUGUAAUCCUCCUGACGUGUGUGUAGUUCCCCGUCCCGCUGAUAGGGGGCGGUGUGGUCCCGGUGCCCGCACGGUAACAUGGCGGUCUGAUGUCAGCGGAGUGUGAGUCCCAGCAGCCUGACUCGGUGCAAACCCCGCGGGCCGAUGUUCACAAUCCGCCGCCUGGAGGAAGAAAAACGGCGGGCUUCACCUGCCGGGAUCUGUCCGGUGAUCUUCCCCGGUGUCCUUCCCGGUAGCUGACUUUGGGACUCGAUCCCCCGAGUGACCGGACUCCACUGUAGCUUCUCCCGGUUUCAGGUGCGCCGCGUUUCAGCCUUCGCCACCGGAGGAGAAAGCCUCGGAUCCCUUCUGGCCGGAGCCACACUGAGGAAGAACUUGCUCCACAUGUGAGGAGGUGUCUAACGGGACACCCACAGCACAAGACACCCAAUGCAGAUGGAUCCCAUUGACUCUGGACAAGGGCAAGAGACGCCGACGGAGCAGUGUUGUGAUUCAACACCCACCAACAAUGGACGACGGCGGAAGAAAAAUCCAAAAUACUUUGAUUAUGAAACUAAUGACACGUCUAAUGUGCAAAGUGUCCAGCAAAAAACACCAAGAAGGAGCUCCGGAAGAAAAAGAGGGGCGGCAGCAGCUUCUAAAAGGACUCCAGCAAAAGGUGGAGAAGCUGAGAACGCUUCACCACAGGCAGAAGAUGGUGAAGCAACUGGAGAAACGCCUCAGACUGAUGAGAACAGCUCAAAGGAAACUCCUAAAAAGGUUGUCAGAGCCAAGAGGACACCGGCAAAAAGGACUCCUGGCAGAAAAACUCCAGCCAAAAAAACACCCGCCAAAAAAACUCCCAUCGCUGACGGGGGCUUCCCAACUGAGGACGGUGGAGCUGUAGACCCCGUGCAGCAGGAAAAUGGGAAGCCAAAGAGAAAGUACGUGAGGAGGCGUCCCGUACAGGAACUAGUUACAGAACCACCAUGUAAGGAGGUUCAAGGGGAACCUCCGACUGAACCCGAGGAGGAGAUCCAGCCCGGUGGCCGUCGCAGGAGAGGUGCUGCCAAAGCGGCGUUGAAGUACCUCCACCUUUUGGCAAAAGAAGUGUUCAGUCAUCCCGGUGAUGAGUCAGACUCCCAGGAAGGGGCCAACAGUGACGGCACCCAUUCAGAACCAGGACACAAAGGUCUCAGAGAUAGUAAAGGGCGUAGAGGUCGAAAGAGGAAACGUGCUGACUCCGAUAGCGACCCUGCAGAAGAUGAAGACUUUGUUCCAGAUGUUGAUGAAGAGGAGGCCCAGGAGAUGGAAGAGGACGAUGAAGAAGAAGAAGAAGGAGUGGACUCAGACACAGAUUCAGACUUCGGUGGAAGAGGUUCAGCAACUUUUCAUGUCAACAGGACUUAUGCAGGCCCGAAUCUCAAAACCGCCAACGGGCUCACCACCAACAUCAUGAAAACAGUCUGGGAGGCCACUGAGACGACCAAGAAAUUCCGCGAGGAGCACUACAGCAGCUGGGUGUUCCCAGAGUGGGUCCCCUCCACCAGUGACUGGCACCCUGUACCACAAAGUGAUUUGGAGAGAUACCUGCCUCAGGAGGUUCAGUCAGCUGCUUUCAAAGUGUCCCGAGAAGGCCUCAGUCAGGAGGAGACGCCUCUGCAAAGACUCGACAGGUUCUCAGCAGAGCCCGCUCACUCCGAUCGCUGGGACAUGUUGCUGUUCGCAGGAGGACCGGUCUGGGCCAUGGAGUGGUGUCCCACGCCCGACGGUGCUCCGGCGUCACAGCACAUAGCUUUGGCCUGCCACCGAGGGAUGGACGACCAGCACCAAGUCAACAAGACGUACACGGGACAGGGACUGGUUCAGCUGUGGGACGUGGGCAAGCUGGAGUACAACAGCAGACCGGACUCCCUGCCAGCUUUGGCCUAUGGCUUAGCCCAGGACAAAGGCUUCAUCUGGCACCUGAAGUGGUGUCCUGCAGGCGGCUGGGAGCCUCCGAGCUGUGACAGAAAGGCUCCUUUCCUGCCCAGAUUGGGUCUUCUGGCAGUUGCCACCUCCACCUGUGUGGUCACCAUUUACAGCCUGCCCCACCCUGAUGCUCUGCACUCCAGCAAGACGCCAGCUAACCGCGGAAAAUCAAGCCAACCAUCAAUAUUCCAGGCAGAAGGAGUGUUAACGCUGAAGCUGGGCUCCUUCAAAGCCCCUCGCAAUGAAAGUAGUGGACAAGUUCUGUCUAUGGACUGGCUGCCUGAAAAACCACACAAUAUAAUAGCUAUUGGAUUCUAUGAUGGUGUUGUAGGUCUGUGGGAUCUGGCCACAAAGUCUGCACUCUUGCGAGUACGAGAGCCGGACAAGUCACUCAGCCUGCUGCCCUAUCGAUGCCUCCUGGCUCACGACCACGCUGUCCGGGCCCUGGCCUUCUGUCCCGCCUCCAGACACCUGUUGGUGACGGCAGGAGAAGACCGUUACGUGAAGACGUGGGAUCUGAGGCGGCUCUACAAUCCCAUCGCUGUCCUGAAACGCUUUCUGACCAAUGAAAUCUACUGGCCGCUGAACGCACCCGGCAUCCUGUUCGCCCAGGAGAACGCCUACGCAGCGUAUGGUUCACAUGGAGUCCAUUACUUCGACCAUAACGCGCGCACCUUCUUCGCAGCGCCGAGGACCGGCACUCUGUGGUCCAUAUCUUACACCGAGUGGAUGAACGGCGUGGUGACCUCAGACAGCCUCGGCGAGGUGAUCCUCGCCCUCUUACCUCAGCUCUGCUACAGUCCUCAAUACGUCAAACGCACGUUAGAAAGACGUUUUCCCGUCUACCUCACGUCUCUGGUGCCUUAUGAUCCAACCAAAGGAGAAAAUCAAGAGAUGGGAGGAGAGGAGGAGGAGCAGGAGGAGGAGGGGGGAGAUGCUGUUGAAGAGCAGGAAGGAGGAGGAGAGACCGAAGGACCGGAUGCUGCAUCUGAGAAUGUGGGAGAUGGAGGAAAAGGGAGAAAAGCUAAAAAUACCCCUCUGAGGUUCCAGAAGUACAAAGAGGCCGCGAAGAGAUACUACCUUCAUCACACAGACAACGACAUGACGACGUUUGUAGGAAGCGAGAAGCGAGCUGUGUGGAAACGCAUGAAAGACACAGAGGUGAAGAUGAAGAUGAACAUGGAUGAUUUGCCGCUGGCUGCAAUACACAAGGUGCGUUUCAACCCCAACAUGUGCAGCCAUACCUGGGUGGUGUCCGCGGGACGGACGGGGCUGGUCAGACUGAACUGUCUAAGGGGUAUGAUCACGCCCCAGGUCAAGAAAAUAAUAAGCAAGAACCAGGCCCAGUUCAACGCACUGUACACACCAAAAGACCAGGAGGAGGCCGUCCAAACUGUGACCGACGACGACGACGAUGGCCUAUAGCAGGACUUUAAUACGAAGUCAGAAGGUGGAUCACACUGUCAGAAGAAGGAUAGAAACAAUAUUUCAUCAGCACAGACAGGAGACCGUGGACAUUUGCAGUAAGUCCAAAGGCCAACGACCAAUUUAAAUUUGAACAUGAAAAAACUGAAUAAUUUGCAGGUUUGUAAGGUACAAGUCAAUGAACUCCUGUUAUUUUAGUUGGAUUUUGCAAGUUGAUGGAGAGUUUCACCUCAAUGAACACGACUUUACUUCCCGAAAUAUCUCAAAGACGUAAUGUUUCCAUCCAAAAGUCUUAUCAAAAGUGUCGAUGGUGAUGGUUUAUCUGCAUCCGAGAAGUUUUGGGCGGCUGGCAGUUAAGUGCCUUGAUUGAAAAGUUUCCACAUUAGCAGUUUUCUCUUGAUGGUCAUUGAUUCCAGGAACGUGGCAGUGAAUCCAGUGACAGCAGCCCGAGGUAAAUGAAAAGUUCUUAGCUACUCUCAGGAAAAGUCGUUAAUACCUGUGGCUUUUUUCUAAUUCAUCAUUUAUAACAACUUGUUUUUGCAGUGGUUAAAGUUCUCUACGGUGAUGUGGGAGUGUACUUCAGGGUGUGUCGUACACUGUGACAUCACAGGUGGGCGUGGUUACACGCGCAACACACUUGAACCUUUAAAAAAGAAAAAAAAUGAACACAAUCAAAAUACCAACAGUAUAUGUCUUAUUUUUUCACUUCUGUUGAUAUAAUUUAAAUCGGACGUCGCUUCUUCUUCCAUAUUUCAGUAGCUGAUUUUAAAUUUAAACAAUUUCUGGCCACAAAGUGGAAGUUUAAAAACCUUAACGCUUUCUUGUACAUUAUUUUGAGUUUUUAUUUUAUAAUCGGCAAAGACAUUCCACUGCAGUUCUGGUUCCCCUUUAAAGUCUCCGCUCACGGCGCUGUUGACGUUUUCAAACUAGAGUUUCAGGACGUCAACAGCCGGGCGGGGGGGAAACCGGAGCGCACCUUUAUAGCUCAUUUUUGCUGCUGUAUUUUUGUAGUUAAUAAAUUUUUCUUUUUAAACACGUCGAGAGCAACUCAGGCUGCUACUGAGGGAAAAAUACUUGAAGUUUUUUUUUAUUGUAACACUGCUGGAUGUAAUGUUUCUAAAUGACAAAUUUUAAGUCUUCUUUUCCUUGUUACUUUCUUUAACUGUUUAAACUUAUCGCUUCUGUUGUUACUCUGGUGUUUCAAAGGUUUUGUUUCUCUUUGAAACAGCUGCAGUAAUGUCAUGAUCUAAUUUAUUAUUCUACGAAACAAAAAUGUUAUUUACAGCAGCUGUCUCUUUUUUUAGACGUUGUUGCAACACAUUUUCCUGUAAGGGUUUGAUCAGUUUUGUUUAGUUUUUUCAAAUUAAUUAUAAAUCUCAUUGACAGUUUUAUGACGUUGUCAGUCAUGAAAAAUAAUUCAUGACUGACAAUGUUGAUUAGCUUGUAAAUCCUUAAAGAAAUGAUCAUGAAAGCAUCAAAAUGUACAGCACUUGCUCUUUUGUUGUUCUGCUCUGUUGCUAUUUUUGGAAUUGUUAUAUAUAUAAUAAAUGUAUUUGUAAUAAAAAAUAAUAUUUGAGUAAA